AUGCCUACAGGCACCGCUCUAAGUACCACGAAGCGCAAAUUCCACAAGAUCCUCGACUCCAUCUCCAACGCGUCCAGCACGUCACUAGCCACAAAGUCGAAUCAUGACAAUUACAAUGCAUCCACCACCACUCUCCCCACCACAAUGGAUCCUCCCGCGAAAAAACCUCGCAUCGUGCGCCCUGCUUCUGCAUAUGUUCCUCCUAGUACACGUAUCCUCACCUCUCAAUCACCGAAUCUGCGCGCGGCUGCAGCGACAGCUAAGCAACCUAGUCCAAUAGUCACAAUGAACGAGGAGCGCAAGACACCCAAUUUUGCGCCGUGGGAUCGCGGACAAUUUCUCGAGCGACUGAAGACGUAUAGACACGUGGAUAAAUGGAUGGGGAAGCCGGAGAGGAUCAAUGAGGUGCAGUGGGCGAAGCGGGGUUGGUCGUGUGUGGGGAAGGAGAGGGUUGAGUGUGUUGGGGGCUGUGGAAAAGAGGUUGUGAUCACGUUGGAAAGUAGUAGGGAAGAGAAGCACGAUAAUGGAGAGACGCAAGACACCGAGAAGCGCCCGUCGGACGAAGAGGAGGACGAGGAUGAGUGGAGGGAAAAGGCGCAGGAGCAGUUGGUGGAGAAGUACGCGGAGAUGGUGGUUACUUCUCACGAUGGUGGGUGCUUGUGGCGGAGGAGGGGCUGCGAUGAUACCAUUCAACGCCUCCCUCUCGCGCACCAUAAAACAGCAACAGAUGAGCUACGGCAACGCUACACAUCUCUGGUCGCCGUAGCUUCCGAACUUCCACCCGAUCCCUCCACGCCUGAAGGCUUCGAUCUUUCCUCGCUUUCACAGAAGUUAGCGCCUCUCCUGCACCCGCCGUCUCCAGAUCCACCCUCUCCCACUCCAUCAAGUCCUCCAAACCCCCCUCCCAACACCACCACAUCUCUUCCCCCAAUCAACAACUCAGCUCUCGCCCUCGCCCUCUUCGGCUGGCGAGCCGAAGAAGGCCACGUCGUCGGCCUCGCAACCUGCACCGCCUGUUUCCGCCGCCUAGGUCUCUGGCUCUUCAAACCCGCCUCGGAAUCUCCAUCCCACUCAAGCAUGGAUCGGCUCGACGUCGUAGGCGAACACCGCGACUACUGCCCCUGGAUCAGCCCCCUCUCCCAAAACGGCGCAACGUCCCGACGGACCUCCCUCGACGGCCUUGCGGGCUGGGAAGCCCUGCUGCGCGCCGUCAACGCGAGCGCGAUCCACAAGCGGCACGGGGAUGAAGAUACGACGCCGGUCACCGCGAGGGCUGCGGAUGGGCUGGGCAGCGAGGUCGCGAGUCUGGCGCAUUCGUCGGCGACGAGGGAGGAGUUGGGUGUGAGGGAUGAAAGGGAUAAGGAGAGGUGGGCGAAGUUGAAGCGGUUGAAGCAGGCUUUUCAUGUGAAGAGGAGGAAGGGGAAGGAUAAUGGUGAGACGAAAGGUGGGAACGGGAAGGUGUAG